AUGCUGACGAGACUGCAGGUUCUCACCUUGGCUUUGUUUUCAAAGGGAUUUUUACUCUGUUUAGGGGACCAUAACUUCCAGAGGAAGGAGAUUAAAAUAGAAGGAGACCUUGUUCUGGGGGGCCUGUUCCCUAUUAAUGAGAAAGGAACUGGGACGGAGGAGUGUGGGCGAAUCAACGAGGACCGAGGCAUCCAGCGCCUGGAGGCCAUGCUGUUUGCCAUCGAUGAGAUCAACAAGGACAGCUACCUGCUGCCUGGGGUGAAGCUGGGCGUGCACAUUCUGGACACAUGCUCGAGGGACACCUACGCCCUGGAGCAGUCACUGGAGUUUGUCAGGGCGUCUCUGACCAAGGUGGACGAGGCUGAGUACAUGUGUCCUGACGGCUCCUACGCCAUCCAGGAAAACCUCCCUCUGCUCAUUGCGGGCGUCAUUGGCGGCUCCUACAGCAGCGUCUCCAUCCAGGUGGCCAACCUGCUUCGGCUCUUCCGCAUCCCCCAGGUGAGCUACGCCUCCACCAGCGCCAAGCUCAGUGACAAGUCACGCUAUGACUACUUCGCGCGCACCGUGCCACCCGACUUCUACCAGGCCAAGGCGAUGGCCGAGAUCCUGCGCUUCUUCAACUGGACCUACGUGUCCACCGUGGCGUCGGAGGGCGACUAUGGAGAGACCGGCAUGGAGGCUUUUGAACAGGAGGCAAGGCGCCGGCGGAUCUGUGUGGCGGCGGCUGAGAAGGUGGGGCGCUCAGCGCUGCGCCGCUCCUACGACGGUGUGGUGCGAGAGCUGCUGCGCAAACCGGGCGCGCGCGUCGUGGUGCUGUUCACGCGCGGGGACGACUCGCGCGAGCUGCUGGCGGCCGCGCACCGGGCCAACGCGUCCCUCACUUGGGUGGCGAGCGAUGGCUGGGGAGCUCAAGACAGCGUGGUACGCGGCAGUGAGCGCGCAGCGCGGGGGGCGCUCACGCUGGAGCUGGCCGCUCACCGUCUGCCGCAGUUCGACCGCUAUUUCCAGGCGCUCACGCCUGCCACCAACCUGCGCAACCCCUGGUUCCGCGACUUCUGGGAGCAGAAGUUCCAGUGCAGCCUGCGUGGAGGCGCGCGGCGCGCGUGCUCUGAGCACCUGGCCCUGGACAGCAGCAACUACGAGCAGGAGUCCAAGAUCAUGUUCGUGGUGAACGCGGUGUACGCCAUGGCGCACGCCCUGCACCGCAUGCAGCGUGCGCUGUGCCCCAACACCACCAAGCUGUGCGACGCUAUGAAGGUGCUGGACGGCCGCAAGCUGUACCGAGACUACCUGCUCAAGAUCAACUUCACAGCUCCAUUCGUCCCAAAUAAAGAUGAAGACAGCAUUGUCAAGUUUGACACUUUUGGAGAUGGAAUGGGGCGAUACAACGUGUUCAAUUUCCAGGACACGGGUGGCAAGUACUCCUACCUGAAGGUGGGCCACUGGGCAGAAACCCUGUCCCUGGAUGUCGACGCCAUCCGCUGGGCCCAGGACGCAGUCCCCACGUCCCAGUGCAGCGACCCCUGUGCGCCCAAUGAGAUGAAGAGCAUGCAGCCCGGCGACGUCUGCUGCUGGAUCUGCAUUCCCUGCGAGGCCUACGAGUACCUGGUGGACGAGUUCACCUGCAUGGACUGCGGGCCUGGGCGCUGGCCCACAGCCGACCUGGCGGGGUGCUUCGACCUUCCUGAGGACUAUAUCAGGUGGGAAGAUGCCUGGGCCAUUGGGCCCGUGACGGUCGCUUGCCUGGGCUUCAUGUGCACCUGCGUAGUCAUCACUGUGUUCAUCAAGCACAACAACACACCCCUGGUCAAAGCCUCGGGCCGGGAGCUCUGCUACAUCCUGCUGUUUGGGGUCGGCCUGUCCUACGGCAUGACCUUCUUCUUCAUCGCCAAGCCGUCGCCUGUCAUCUGCGCACUGCGCCGGCUGGGGCUGGGGACCUCCUUUGCCAUCUGCUACUCAGCCCUGCUGACCAAGACGAACUGCAUUGCCCGCAUCUUCGACGGGGUCAAGAACGGUGCGCAAAGGCCCAAGUUCAUCAGCCCCGGCUCCCAGGUCUUCAUCUGCCUGGGCCUCAUCCUGGUGCAGGUCGUGGUAGUGUCCGUGUGGCUGGUCCUGGAGGCCCCUGGCACCCGGAGGUACACACUCCCCGAGAAGCGUGAGACCGUCAUCCUGAAGUGCAAUGUCCGCGACUCCAGCAUGCUGAUCUCGCUGGCCUACGACGUGGUCCUGGUGGUCCUGUGCACGGUCUAUGCCUUCAAGACCAGGAAGUGCCCCGAGAACUUCAACGAGGCCAAGUUCAUUGGCUUCACCAUGUACACGACCUGCAUCAUCUGGCUGGCCUUCCUGCCCAUCUUCUACGUGACGUCCAGCGACUACAGAGUGCAGACGACAACCAUGUGUAUCUCCGUGAGCCUGAGCGGCUUCGUGGUCUUGGGCUGUCUGUUUGCCCCCAAGGUGCACAUCGUGCUGUUCCAGCCCCAGAAGAACGUGGUCACCCACCGGCUGCACCUCAACAGGUUCAGCGUCAGUGGAGCUGGGACCACGUACUCGCAGGCUUCCGCCAGCACCUAUGUCCCCACGGUGUGCAACGGGCGCGAAGUCCUGGACUCCACCACCUCCUCGCUGUGA